GACACUGAGGCACUGUCAUUGCUCCACCCCGAUUCAAAACUUAAGUUUCUUCCUCAAACUCAAAAGGUUCUACCGAAAACAUACAGAGGAGCUAUAUUGGAGAGAUCGUAAGCCCCACAGAGAUCCUUUGCUGUUUGUUUGUUUUUAAGUUUAUAGUAGGCUAUUUUAUUUUUUCUUAAGACAAAAAGUAAAACAUUCCUCAGCUGAUAUGAUUCAAGAAACAUAAAGAAACCAAAAAGUUAACUUUUUGCCGUUUUGUUUCAACAAAUUUAUAACCAUGGGACACCUAACCUUUCGUGGAAAAACCGAACCAAAGAUAUUACUGGUCUGUCUCGUGUGUUGUCUCUUACAGGUUUCAAGUGUACAUUCACAAUGUAACACUGUUUGUACAGUAAAUUCAACAACAAGUACAACGGAAAUUUACAUCAACACUCCAACUCAGACUAUACUUGAAACAAAGCCUACUGGUAAUGUCAAUCCAGGUGGCCUAAAAGUUAGUGGACUGGCCCAAGGGACCACAUACAAUGUUACAUUCAACAGCAGUUCUGGGCUGUGCUGCAAAGCUAUCACAACAAAGCCUGACAUCAUCAGCAGCCUCAAUGUCACUACAGUCAACACAAUAUCCAUGUCUCUCAGCUGGACUAAACCACAAGGCAAUAGCGCCUCCUAUAGAGUACAGGUACAAGGGGCUGGACUGGACAGAAAUCUGACAGUAAACAGCGAAUCCAUUACUGUGACUGAUCUGACAGCUGGGUCUUUGUACACCUUCAGUGUCACUGCACGGGCUGCAGAUAGGGUGACAGAAGGAGACUCUAUUAACAUUAUCACACACACAAAGCCUGACAUCAUCAGCAGCCUCAGUGUCACUAGUGUCAACACAACAUCCAUAUCUCUCAGCUGGACUAAACCACAAGGCAAUAGCGCCUCCUAUAGAGUACAGGUACAAGGGGCUGGACUGGGCAGAAAUCUGACAGCAAACAGCGAAUCCAUUACUGUGACUGAGAUGACAGCUGGGUCUUUGUACACCUUCAGUGUCACUGCACGGGCUGCAGAUAGGGUGACAGAAGGAGACUCUGUUAAUAAAUCUAUAUUGACGAAGCCUGACAUCAUCAGCAGCCUCAAUGUCACUACUGUCAACACAACAUCCAUAUUUCUCAGCUGGACUAAACCACAAGGCAAUAGCGCCUCCUAUAGAGUACAGGUACAAGGGGCUGGACUGGACAGAAAUCUGACAGCAAACAGCGAAUCCAUUACUGUGACUGAUCUGACAGCUGGGUCUUUGUACAUCUUCAGUGUCACUGCACGGGCUGCAGAUAGCGUGACAGAAGGAGACUCUGUUAACAUUACCACACACACAAAGCCUGACACCAUCAAGAACCUUCUGGUCACUAAUGUCAGCACAACAUCCAUAUCUCUCAGCUGGACUAAACCACAAGGCAAUAGCGCCUCCUAUAGAGUACAGGUACAAGGGGCUGGACUGGGCAGAACUAUCAGUGGAAACAGUGAAUCCAUUACUGUGACUAAUCUGACAGCUGGGUGUUUGUACAACUUCAGUGUCACUGCACGGGCUGCAGACAACUUGACAGAAGGGGAAUAUGUAGCUAAAAGUAGCUACACAAAACCCGAGAAAAUAUCCACUAUAAUUCUGGUGUCGAGUGAGCAGAAAAACAACAGCAUGCUUGUGAGCUGGACUGCUCCAGCAGGAAAUGUUGAAACAUACGAAGUUAAUAUCAAUAGUAGCUUUGGAGAUGGUCAGACCAAAAACACAACUACUGGCACAACUUCAUUACAGUUUGAUGGGCUGAGAACUGGUAGGCUAUAUAGUGCCACGGUGACAAUAAUCAGUGGACCUUUCAGGGAGAAAUCAGGAGUAGUUCAAAAUGCUACAUAUCCCAAUGCACCUGGGAGUAUUUCCAGUGAUCCAAAGACAAAUAGCUCCAUCUCAUUAAGCUGGGGAUCACCUGUCAGCAUGGACCCCAAUUCUUUCAACUUCAGUGUCACAUAUAGUUCUAAUGCCUCCGACAGUAAAACGUUGGUGACAAUGAGUACCAGUGUUCAAUUAUCUAAUCUACAGUCUGGAACUCUUUACAAUAUGUCAGUGGUCACUAAUGGAGUGAUGGGAUUCCAAAGUGCAGCAGUUACACAGUCAACAUCCACCAGACCCAAUACAGUACAGGAUGUGAAAGCAAACAGUAUAUCAACCAUGUCCAUUGUACUCCAAUGGGGAAAACCACAGGAUUACAAGGCAGGGUAUAAAUACAGAGUCCAGGCACUAAACAGCUCUGGCAGUGUUGCCUUUAAUACAACAGUUAAUUCUGAGACUGCUACAGUCAGUCCACUUCAAGCAGGCACACAGUAUAACCUCACUGUUACAACGCUGACCUCUGAUAACACUGAUGGAACAUCCUCAUCGAUCAUUCUCUUUACAAGACCUGCAACAGUGACUAACUUAAUGGCAGGAGCUCUCAACACCACAGCUGUAAAUCUGACAUGGGCCAGACCAGCUGGUUUCAAACCUGCAUAUUCUUAUCGGCUUCAAACCACUGGCUCUCCAGCUCCCCAGCAGGAGAAUGUCACAGUCACUGUGGAGAAUGUCAUCAUCACUGGACUGAGUCCUGGAACCAACUUCAGCUUCAGAGCAUUCGUUCUGGCAGCAGACAACACCACAGAAGGGGAUCCAGCAACUACCACCAGUUACACAAAACCCGAGAAAAUAUCCACUAUAUUUCUGGUGUCAAGUGAGCCGAAAAACAACAGCAUGCUUGUGAGCUGGACUGCUCCAGCAGGAAAUGUUGAAACAUACGAAGUUAAUAUCAAUAGUAGCUUUGGAGAUGGUCAGACCAAAAAUACAACUACUGGCACAACUUCAUUACGGUUUGAUGGGCUGAGAGCUGGCAGGAUAUAUAGUGCCACGGUGACAACAAUCAGUGGACCUUUCAGGGAGAAAUCAGGAGUCGUUCAAAAUGCUACAUAUCCCAGUGCAGCUGGGAGUAUUUCCAGUGAUCCAAAGACAAAUAGCUCCAUCUUAUUAAGCUGGGGAUCACCUGUCAGCAUGGACCCCAAUUCUUUCAACUUCAGUGUCACAUAUAGUUCUAAUGCCUCCGACAGUAAAACGUUGGUGACAAUGAGUACCAGUGUUCAAUUAUCUAAUCUACAGUCUGGAACUCUUUACAAUAUGUCAGUGGUCACUAAUGGAGUGAUGGGAUUCCAAAGUGCAGCAGUUACACAGUCAACAUCCACCAGACCCAAUACAGUACAGGCUGUGAAAGCAAACAGUAUAUCAACCACAUCCAUUGUACUUCAAUGGGGAAAACCUCAGGAUUACAAGGCAGGGUAUAAAUACAGAGUCCAGGCACCAAACAGCUCUGGCAGUGUUGCCUUUAAUACAAUAGUUAAUUCUGAGACUGCUACAGUCAGUCCACUUGAAGCAGGCACACAGUAUAACCUCACUGUUACAACAUUGACAUCUGAUGACACUGAUGGAACAUCCUCAUCGAUCAUUCUCUUUACAAGACCAAAUGCUGUGAAAAAUCUGAAAGCAAGUGAUGUUUCCACUUCAAAUGUAGUUCUGGGAUGGAGUGAACCCGACGAACAAAAAGAUUACUACAAAUACAUUUUAAAAACCACUGCCGAAUCCUCUUCCAUACAGAUUGCAAACACGAUGUUCUGCAAUAAAACAUCCUGUUCUGUGUCUAACCUGAUACCAGGAUCUUCUUACAAUUUCGCAGUGUUUACACAACUGACGUUUGAUAACACAACUAGUGAUCCUCAAUCUCUGACUCUGUGCACUGCUGCUGAAUCUGUACAAGUUCUUAACUGUACCGCCGAGGAUAAAAAAACAAUUCUAACAUUUCAGUGGGACUGCCCCAAAGGUUCAAAUAAAGGCUUUGAAAUCUUGAACAAGAAAACAAAUACAACAGUGUAUGCAUCAUUUUAUAAUGGACAAACCAUUGGACAGUACACAAUGUCUAACCUGAAUUAUUUUACCAUGUACAAUAUUGAAAUAAAGACUCUGGGAUGUGGAAAAAACAGUACAGUUCUUCCAAAAGAAUGCCAAACUGGAAAGGCUGACCCCCCAGAACCUCCAGCAAACACAACUGUGUUACUCUACUACAUGAAUACUCAUGAAACCAUUACAUUCGAGUUCAGUUCAGCUCUCUUUGAUGAAACGAAUGGACCCAUUACUAACUAUGCUGUAAUAGUCACCACCAACACAGAUCAAACUAGACCUUUAAAUAUUGUUCUUGGCAAAACAUAUAAUGACAAGGAAACUCAAACUAAAAGCUAUGUGGCAAAGAUCAUAGACAAUACUGGGAGCAGAGCAGCUGGAACGAAACAAAAUGUUAUCAUAGGAGAUGGGAGUUCUUCUGGAGAUUACUAUAAUGGAAAGCUGACUCCUAAAGAAGGCUACAGGAUCAGCAUUGCAGGAUUUACUAAAUUAGUGAUGAAGAACCAACGCAUUAGUCAAGAAGAGUCCUUCGUAUCUUACUCCCCCUAUUCACAGAUCAUUCCUUUACCUGCAAACCCAGCUGUUACUGGAGCAGCUGUCGGUGGGACCCUGGGUGUUCUUGUGGUUAUCAUUUUCAUCACAGUCAUUCUCUUUGUUUACUGGAAGAGACGUAGUCCAGCAAAAAACUCUGAUAUUCAUAUUCCCACCAUCCGACCCAAGACCUCCCAUCCGGUAAAGGUCGAAGACUACGAGACUUACUAUAAGAAACGACAUGCAGAUUUAAACUGCGGGUUUGCAGAAGAAUUUGAGGUUCUAAGGCCUACCGGAAUAAACCAGCCCAAGAACGCUGCCCUUGCUCCUGACAACAAAGCGAAGAACCGCUACAACAACGUGUUGCCCUAUGAUUUCUCUCGCGUCAGGCUUUCUAUCCGGAAUGGUGCAUCCGAUGACUACAUCAAUGCCAAUUACAUGCCUGGGUAUGACUCGAAGAAGCAGUUCAUUGCUGCGCAGGGGCCCUUGCCUGGUACUGUGAAUGAUUUCUGGAGGAUGAUCUGGGAACAGAAUGUGCACACUCUUGUCAUGCUGACCAGGUGCAAUGAACAAGGACGGGUAAAAUGUGAAGAAUACUGGCCUUCCAGUAAUCCCAAGAACUAUGGUGAUGUGACAGUGAUCUUGACUUCUGAAAUCCCUCUCAGUGAGUGGACUAUCAGGGAAUUCAAAAUGAAAAACAGAAAGACAGCAGAAAGCCGUACUGUACGACACUUCCAUUUUACUGCUUGGCCUGACCAUGGGGUGCCAGGGACCACAGAGCUGCUGAUUAAUUUCAGACAUUUAGUGAGAGAGCACAUGGACCGGUACUCCCGAAACUCACCCACUGUGGUCCACUGCAGCGCUGGAGUUGGACGCACAGGAACCUUAAUCGCCAUUGACCGGCUCAUCUGCCAGAUUGAGCGGGAGAGCGUGGUGGAUAUCUUCGGGAUAGUCUACAACCUUCGAAUGCACAGGCCCCUCAUGGUGCAAACAGAGGACCAGUACAUCUUUUUAAACCAAUGUGCAAAGGACCUAAUCAGAGCCAGAACUGGCAACAAUGUGGACCUGAUCUACCAGAAUACAGCAGCCAUGGGUAUCUAUGAGAACUUUACACCUACCAAAACCCAGAAUGGACACCACUGUUAGCCCACGUGAAAUCUGCUUCCUAGGACAAGACUGCACUGUAUUUUUCAAUGUUGUUCCUGAAAAUUUUUUAUAAAUGGUGUAAAU